AGCGUAGAAUCAAAGCAAGCCAUUUGGAAAAGAAAAAAAAAAAGAAAAAUCCAUAAUCCCACUACAUAAUAAUUUCAUAUAAACCAACACCCAUAAUUAAACAUCCAUGUAAACAAAGAGAGGAUGCAGAGAGGAAAAGAUGAUGACAAGAGAGGCUUUUGCCGCUGGUUUUUCAGGUUGGUGGUGGUUAAACUCAUGGCCGGUCACAAGGAAGGCAACUCUGACUCUGUGACAAAGAAACUGAUCAAGAAGGAGUCAAAAUCUGAUAUCACAAUCUAUUUCAAGCAACGAGAAGACUCGGAGGACAACGCUAAUCCCAUCAAUAUCUCAAACUCCGAGAAAGAGAGGGUGAUCAUGCUCGUUAAUGGUAGUAACGGCCCAAAGAAGAGCAUAUCGAGUGAGCCGAUCGUUAGGCGAUCACAGAAUGGAGCUGAUAAAUCACAACCGCCGAAGCCGCUUUUGAAUGAUAUAAAUAGGAAAUCACAUGCUUUCAUUGAGAGUAGACUCGAGAAGAUGCGGAAAGGCUUAUAGCCUUGAACCAAACUACAUGAUCACCUCUCUCUCUCUGUUUUGCACAGACAAGACUCUUCCUCAUAUCACAUCAUAUACUAUAUUAUAUGUCUAAGGAAUCAUAUCUAAGUUUUUUCAUCAAUUCAUUUAUAUUGCCUGCAUUCUCAUAAA